AUGUUGCUGAAGGUGAAAUACUGUAGUAUCAAGAAGUACAUCAAAUUGCACUCAGGCUUCACCUAUUCAGAAUUCAUCAGGGAAGUCAAAAACAAGUUUGGGCUUCCUGAUGAUGCAGCUCAACUUCACAUUUUUGAUGAAACUGACACAGCAGUAGAGGAAGAUAUUCUUCUAGAGCUGUUGGAGGGCAAUCCAGACUUUUGCCUGACAGUACGUGACAGCAUUUCAGAUGAAGAUCAUUCUACACCAUCUUCCCUCACGGAUACCCUAUCACUUUCUUCAAGUGAAAGUGACUUUAGAGAACUGGGUAUUCCCACAGGCAGAAAUAGAUCCAACAAAGAAGACAGGAGCAGUUCUGCAACAAAGGCUUCUGUGUCAGAGGCGGCAAAGGAGAUGGUAGAAAAGGCCUUGCUUAAGAAGCCUGGAGGAGAGGAUAUUCUUGAAGAGUACAAGUCAGAAAAUUCACUUAAGCACCGCACUCGGAGACAGCUUGUCAACAUAUUGGCGAGUGAUAUGACUGAGAGCCAUGGCAGGAUUCCUUCCCGUCAGCAGAAGGAGAAGUAUGCCCUGGGAAUUAUUACUCUCUUUCCCACACUGAAGGAUCCUUUUUCUCCAAAGGGCUAUGUAUGA